AUGAGGGCAAGGCAUGUAGUGAAGCGUUUGCAGAGGGAAGUUCUUUAUCUUCUCAGGGUCAUCGCCAUUGGAAGAACCGACCACACUGCGAGGGAACCUGCUGGGAAAGAACGAGGGCAUGUGAAGGACGGUUGCUUCUCUGUGGUCGCAACAGAUGGCAACAGCAAGCCCAAGAAGUUCUCGGUUGCGCUUGAGUAUUUGGCGCAUCCUCCAUUUGUGAAGUUGCUCGAUGCAGCUGAAGCCGAGUUUGGUUUCAGUCAAAAGGGUGUGCUGUUGAUUCCUUGCGAAGCCAGGGUUCUACAAAAUAUCUUGUCGUCAUCAGCCAUCGUUGGAAUAAAGAAAUGCUGA